AUGGCCUCGUCUUACCUACAUGAGCCGGAUUCUGACGCUGUCUCCACAUUCUGCGAUGCUAUUAGAAUGAAGCCUGGUUGGCCGUUCAAGUUGCUCGAUGAAUCCAAAGGUCUUGCGACGAAAUGGGCGAUGGAAGCGCAACUUCUGCACAACGAAGAAGCGAUGAAUGAUGAGUCCCUUUUGGUCGUGCAAGCAAUACGUGAUCUCAAGGCGGAAGCAAGCCGAAUCGUGGCCUUGGAUCAUUCGCCGCAGCUUUUGCAGGCAAGUGUUCAUGCGGAGGAGGGACAUCGGGACAUUCCUUUCGAAAAGAUAGAUCAAGAUGUUACCGACACGCUGAAGUUCGUGAGGUCAUCUAAGUACUCCAUUGUUCAGCCCAAGUUAAGGGAAGAGGUUGGGGUGUUUGUGACAGACAACAUCGUUCCAAGAUCAUUGCACUCCGAGCUUGUGCACGAGUUAGAUCUCAUCGCUCAAAAAGAGCCCAGAGAUAUUCACCCUGGGAGUGGAGGCAAAGUCCAAGAUCUGAUCCAUCCAUCCUUGUAUCCAUACAUGGGUGGCAUCUCGCCUGUCAAUCCAGGAGUCACUCUCCCUCGUCUGGAACAAGGAGAAUUCAGAACAGCGCAGUUCACGACGCACGGCUUCGAGUUCGCAUCGCGCUACGCCUGGAUUCCCUCCGUUUUUCAUGUUUCGGACGACGGACAGGACGUUCAUAUCGAAUCAUAUAUCAACGGCUUGGGACCUCGGGAACGUCAUCCCGGCCUGUACCGACUUAUUGAGAAAGUGUUCCUGGUAGUGCUUCCGCAACUCGAACGCACUACAGAAUGGGACUAUUCGUAUGAGGAGUCUGCUUCUGAACAACGGUGGAUAGAGCGUUGGAAUGCGCGGGAAGGGACUACCCGUGCUGACUGGCUUGCUCUCCUUGAUUCUCAAACGAAAGCCAAGGAGGAUCAAGCAACCAUAGAGGAACAACGCGACAAUGACAGGGCUAAGCAGCUCCAACACGAACUUGACAAUAUCACAGACUUCCACGGCUUGGACGAUUCCGUCGCUGCCGUACCCGCGAACUAUAGAGGCAAACGCCUCAAGGUCAUCGUGAAGGCCGCAAACUACGUGUUGCAGUCCGGUCAGGAAUACGUUGGGACCUGGCAUAUGGAGGGGAUGCCUCAUGAACAAAUUGUUGCCUCCGCUAUAUAUUAUUACCAAGCCGACCCCGAGAUUACGGACCAAGGGCUUUCCUUCCGGCGUCGAAGGGCGGAGGAAGAUUUCCCCAACAUGGAAGAUUAUAGACACGAGCACUUUGAUAUCAACUUUACCGAUGAGGACGAAGAGGAAGAAGACGACUUUGAUGUAGAUGACGAUAAGUCCGAGAGGGACUAUCCGAGCGACUGGGAAUACACAGAGUAUGAUGGAGUACGGAGGCCGUGGACGACAACCGGUCUACGGAACUACAUUGACCUCGGUACUGUGCAGGCCACCGGUGUGUCGAGCAGAUCAAACCAUCCAACAGGAAGAAUCAUCACAUUUCCUAACUGGAUCCAACACAAAGUUGCAGGGAUUUCGCAUUCUUCCGCUGAUCCCUCUGCUCCGCUGGCGUCCAGGAAAAUUCUCUGUUUCUUCCUGGUAGAUGACGAGGCAAGCGAAGGCGGCAGAUUAGAGUAUCGAGGUUACUCCACCGAUGGCUUAGAGGAUAUGAACGUUCUGUCCACUUCUGACGUGCCCUGGCAAGCGCGCCCUUGCAACAUCCGGACUUUACACUCCCUGCUUCUGCUUUCCUUCAAGCGCUCGAUAGGCAAAGAAAUUCCUGCAGAACUGCGCAAUUAUAUAGUGGGCAUGGCAACCGAGGGAACGAUAACCAGAGAGGAAGCGGAGAAGCGGAGAAGGGAAUUGAUGGAAGAUAGGAAAUUCACCCCAACCGCUUCAUCCCAUCGGUUCUGGCUUGACAGCGGGGCUUAUUCCCUCUGUGAGCAUUGA